AUGUUUGCCGUUGCUACCUUGCUUUAUGACCCCAAAUACUUGCCUGGCGCGCUCGUGUUGGGCCACACUUUGCGGAAAAUAGCGCCCCAAGAUAUCAAGCUUGUUAUACUCAUCGAGAAGCCUCGGUUUAGCGAAUGGCAGCUUGGGCUUUUGGCCGAGCUUUGGGACGAUUUGGUCGAUACGCAAGUCUCUGAGUCCCUGCUCCACAAAAAGUUGUGCCAGGACUUGAGACGGCCCGAGCUUGCGAAAACAUUCACCAAGAUCGAGUUGUGGAACCUUCCUUAUGAGAAGGUGUUGUAUCUCGAUGCUGAUGUGUUGCCACUUGAGGGCCACAAUGUGGUCACAGACUUACUCAAGUUGGACUUCUUCCGCGGGAAAAUCCUAGCAGCUCCCGACUCUGGCUUCCCCGAUAUAUUCAACUCCGGCGUAUUUGCAUUGACUCCCAAUGAGCAGGACUACUCGAAUCUCGUGGGGCUAGUGACUUCAGACGACACGGACAUUUCGUUUGACGGUACAGACCAGGGCUUGCUCAACCAGUACUUCAACUCGAAUCCUGAUUGGGUCUCAAGCCUCUUGCUGUCGGGAAAGAAAGACGUCAAGGACUUGUCCCGUUUGGACACCCUGAACUGGAUCCGAAUUCCUUUCUUGUACAACACCACGCCGAAUGCUCAGUAUCAGUAUUACCCUGCGCUGAAACACUUUGGUUACCCUGACGCCUCGCCUGCGGCCGAAGCAGGACAGCAUUCUAGCGAUUUUGGAAAGGGCGAAAGCGAUGCGCGUCCUGGCCUAUUGAAUGUUUCACCAUAUGAAAACAUCGCCUUGGAGCACUUCAUGACAGGCGCUUCAAGAGCCCAAGUGAGUGUGAUUCAUUUCAUCGGUGCUUCAAAACCUUGGAACAACGAGUCAUCGCCGCUUUUCGAGAAGUGGUGGCUGCAAUGGUACGAGUAUUCCAAGGGAAAGCUGAUUGACGACAUCAUGCGUCGCCAGAAAUACGCUAUUUCAAUCAACCGAUUGGAGCUUCCAUCCGCAGGAAAGAAAGACCUUGGCAUGAAGCAAGUACAGACUCCAGCAGAUCUUUGCAACCCUUCAAACUAUCAGCACCUCAGGAGUGCAGUAUCGGAGGCCAAUGCAUCAGUUUGGGAUGCCACAAAGGAAAGCCCACCGCAUGAUGCGCCAGUCCAUUCAUCUUUCGAUUUGCGUAAAGAGACAUUUAAAAAUGACUGGGACGAAUUUGAGCAGCAGGAAAAAUCUCACAGAGAACACGCCAUGAACACAUCGCAGAUGGCCCAGAUUUUCGAAGGGCAAUCGCAUAGCCAGACAAAGUCUCGGGCUGCUCAAGCAAAGCAGAGUCCUCUACAAACCUCACACGAGUUUGGGGUACACGAGGAGCAGAUCGCCGAGCGGGUCUUUGAUGAGCGUUCUGAUUACACGCCCCAUCAUCUUUUGAUGAUGACUGACCGAAACUCGCUAGUUAAUAGUGUGCAAGCUCCAAGACUUGCCUCGACGACUACCAAAGACCCAGUAGAAGACCUUGAUGAGCAGUUGGCAAGGGCCAGUGUGGCAGAACGCAUCCCAGCUGAACAAAGCAACGGCUCGAAUCAAAGGCCUGAGAUUGCUAGCAACACAACCUUCGAGCCCGCCAUGCCCAAGAUAUUUCCUUGGGAGUAUAGAGACAUGAAACCUGAGAGAGUCUGGGAGUAG